AUGCGACGGCAAACAGCAGCAGCAACAACAGCAACAGCAACAGCAACAGAAGCAACAGCAUCAGCAACAGCAGCAGCAGCAACAGCAGCAGCAGCAACAGCAGCACACCUCAACAACAGCAACUGCAUAACAACAGUAACAGCACUAACAGCUCAACAGCAGCAGCAACAGCAGCAGCAACAGCAGCAGCAACUGCAGCAGCAACUGCAGCAGCAACUGCAGCAGCAACUGCAGCAGCAACAGCAGCAACUGCAGCAGCAGCAGCUAAACAACAGCAGCAACAGCAGCAAAAGCAAUCGAUGA